GCAAGAACCCAAGAGAGAACAAUGGUGAUCAGCUCCCAUUGCUCGGCAAUUAGUAUGAAACCGACAUGGAGCUUGGCGCUGCUGCUCAUCCUGGUCAUGAUGAUGAUUCGAGUCCAUGGCCAGUCUUCUACCUCCGGGUUCAUAAGCAUCGAUUGCGGAAACAGUGGCACCUACAACGACAGCAUAACAGGAAUACAGUACCAUUCUGAUGAUGGAUUUGUCGAGGGUGGAUUGAGCCACAAAAUUUCAACAGAGUUCAUGGCUGAUGCGGCUAGUGAGCAAGCAAAAACCUUGAGAAGCUUCCCUGACGGCUCACGGAAUUGCUAUACGCUGCCAUCCAUCAUCGGCAAGAAGUAUCUGUUGAGGGCCUUGUUUAGUUACGGCGACUACGAUGGGUUGAACAGGACUCUGGACGGGUCGCCAUUUCUGUUUGGGCUCCAUAUUGGCGUCAAUUUCUGGGAUACGGUGAACUUGACAUAUUGGAAUCCAUCAAUCACUGCAUGGAAGGAAGUGCUCACCGUUGCUCCAGGCAACUCCAUGUCGGUCUGUCUGAUAAACUUCGGUACAGGGACUCCAUUCGUGUCUGUGUUGGAGCUGAGGCCACUGCUAGAUGCGAUGUACCCUUUUGUGAAUACUUCCGUAUCAGUUGGCUACUUUAGACGCAUCAGAUUUGGUGAAGUCGCUGAUUUUAUCACAAGAUAUCCAGUGGAUCCUUACGACCGGUUCUGGGAGGGCUGGUCUUCGUACCACAACACCUACCCCUGGAUCAACCUGAACACUAGCAGUCAAGUGGAGAUUCUCCCGGGUGACGACUACUUCAAUGUGCCGAUGGCCAUCUUCCAGAAGGCCACGACCCUAGACGCAAACUACUCCUCCAUGUGGAUCGGCAUUGAAAAGGACAAUGUGGACUCUAAGAGCGUCCGCCUUCUCCCGAUCUUCCAUUUUGCUGAAAUCAAUGGUAGCAACCCAAACAGAAGGUUCGACAUCUAUAACGCCGGCGAUUUGCUGCACCGAGGCUUCUUCCCGUCGCUUUUACAGGCCAACAGCUUGUAUGACAGCGGGCAAUUCUUGUAUAACGGCGAUGCGUUCUACACCCUGAAUAUGACGCGUGGCUCGAUCCUGCCCCCGCUCAUCAACGCGUUCGAGGUGUACUCGCUCAUUCGGAUGGAAAACUUUACCGCUGACUCCCAGGAUGUCAGUUACAUGAAAGAAGUCAAGAAACACUACAAUUUGACACGAAUAAACUGGAAUGGAGAUCCGUGCUCCCCAAGAGAAUAUUCCUGGGAAGGUUUGACUUGCGACUACUCUAAGAGCAACCAGAAUCCGAGGAUUGUUGGAGUAAAUCUGUCUACCAGCGGACUGAAAGGUGGAUUAACCAUAGCAUUCAUGAACAUGGUAUCACUGGAAAACCUGGAUUUGUCACACAACAAUUUGACAGGAGGUAUUCCAGACUACCAAAUAAAGUCAAUAAAAGUUCUAGAUUUGUCAUAUAACCAACUCGAUGGACCAAUCCCUCAUUCUAUUCUUCAAAGAUAUCAGGCCGGUCUGCUUGACUUAAGGUUAGAAGGCAAUCCCGUAUGCUCAAAAGUCAAAGAUACGUACUGUUCAAAUAAGAAGAGCACCAAAUCUACCAUGGUCAUCGCAGUGAUAGUUCCUGUAGUACUUGUAUCCCUCCUAGUAGUGAUGUGCAUACUCUGGAAAUUGUGCUGGAAAGGAGACACUGAGGAUUAUGCUAUGUAUGAAGAGGAGACGCCCCUACAUAUUGACAUCAGACGGUUCACCUACAUAGAGCUAAAGCACAUAACAAACGACUUCAAUUCAAUAGUUGGAAAGGGAGGUUUUGGUACUGUUUAUCAUGGCACAAUGGAAAAUGCUGAUGAAGUGGCGGUAAAGGUGCUUAUGGAGACAUCAAUAGCGGAGUCAACGGAUUUCCUCCCUGAGGUGCAAACCUUGUCCAAAGUUCAUCACAAGAAUCUCGUAACUCUACAAGGAUAUUGCCAGAACAAGAAGUGCCUAGCCCUCAUUUAUGACUUCAUGCCCAAAGGAAAUCUUCAACAGCUUUUAAGAGAAGGAGAAGACUACAGUUUGAAUUGGGAACAGCGACUUCAUAUUGCACUUGAUUCUGCACAAGGACUGGAAUAUCUACACGAGUCAUGCACCCCAUCAAUAGUUCACAGAGAUGUCAAGACCGCUAACAUCCUUCUGGACAAGAACCUGGUGGGGAUCAUAGCUGAUUUUGGGCUUUCACGGGCUUUUAACGAUGCGCACACACACAUAUCCACUGUUGCUGCUGGCACUCUUGGCUACCUUGACCCCGAGUACCAUGCAACUUUCCAGCUCACCACCAAGACAGAUGUUUACAGCUUCGGCAUCGUGCUCUUGGAGAUCAUCACUGGCAAGCCCCCGGUGUUGAUGGACCCUCAAACCUACCACCUACCAAAUUGGGUACGCCAAAAGAUUGCCAAAGGCAGUAUCCAAGAUAUCGUGGACAAGAAGCUGUUGGAUCAGUAUGACACCAGUUCCCUGCAGAGUGUGGUGGACCUUGCCAUGAACUGCGUCGAAAGCGCAGCCAUGGACCGUCCUACCAUGACCGAAGUUGUUUCAAGGCUAAAAGUGUUGCUGCCAACGGUUCCAAGUGAAAAGCAGUAUGCUUCUGCGUCCUCUCGAUGUACGAACUCCAUGGAUGCUGAAAUGCGAAGGCAGUUCCAGUUGCUGAUUUCUGAAGAAAGGAACGAGGAGAGCUCCUUCCAGUCUGGUUAUACCGGUGGGAUGCCAGAAUUAAACCCUCUAUCUGGACGUUGAAGGGAAAAUA